GAAGCGGCGUCCGGACGUCUUGGGACCUCGUCUGACAACGGGAUGUAAGCGCGAGCCAUGGGGAUUUGAUGGGGGAUGCGUUAAUCCCUAGAGUUACGUGCGAGCAGAUUGACUGCAUCAAUACGGGCCGGAUCUCAAGGGGUCUCCGGUAUUAAUCCCCGACAAGCGAGCUGCGUUGCGGCGUUAUGAGAUGAAAGUUAGGGGUGUGGGGGGCGAAGCUCUCGCCGGAUCUGCCUACAUCGACUCGAUGAGACUCCUGACCCAUGACGUUUUGCCGGUGCACCGAUCACCAGCCAGGAAAGCUGAAGCCAGCUAGCCAGGCUCCCCCACGGCGAGUCCUGGCCGAUCCCCUAUCGUCGCAGGUUUCCACAAAUCCCGGCUCUGCAGGCCCCUGUGAUGUUGACCACUGCUGCCAGUACCAGUCUGAGAGUGGGGCAGCAUCCAUCCCUGCCAAUGUCCGGCCCGUGUCACCUCCCCCUGCUUUACCAGGAGCGUACUCCCAGAGCAACCAAAGAGCCUCGCUGGGAGGGGAGCAGAGCGGAUGACGGGGACCUGGACACUGAUAUCUGCAGGCCAGGGAGUUUCAAGAGUCGCGUCAAAGCACAUUGUGGACAGGCGUUAGUUUCGGCCACCUGUUCAGCACAGGAUCGUAUGGAGACGGAGGUUGUCCCACUCAGUGCCUGUCAGAAAAGUGGACGUGGGGACUCGGGUAGAAAUGAACAAAUGAAUGGAAGUACUUCAGAAGUGCAGUGUGUUCGCAUGGACGAUCAUGACAUCAAAUGCAGCUCUCAAGCUAAGGAUGUAGAGACAGGUGUGACCUUGGAUUCUGUGACGCCCCCUGUUGGCUCGGUGGUGGAAGGGCUGGGUUCGCUGGAGCGUCUCCUGACAGCCCACCAGGAGGAGAUGAAGCGGCUGCUGGAGAGGAGCCUGGGGUCCAUGUGCAGGCAGCUGGCGGCGGCGGAGCAGCGGGUUGGCCAGCUGUGUGAGCAGAGCGCCGCCCACAGCGCUGACAUGGCGCGGCUGAGUGGCCGCAUGGACGCGUUCUGUGACAGGCUGAUGGCAUCACAUGUCGCCAUGACAACAGGCGCCCAAACCAGUGUAUGGGAGGGAGAAGCGAGAGCCGCCCCCGGCGAGCUGGCGUCACGGAGAUCGCAUCCCUGUAGCAACCCGGUUGCUGUGGAAACGGACACGGAUGAGGGAAGCGUCGGGGAGCUGGGCAGUGGCUCGGGCGAAGCUGAGGAGUCACGGCAUGAAAUAGGGGGCGGCGGGGAGGCUGUGAUGGAAUCGAGGACCCCUCCUGCAGGGGCAUCAGUGCAGUGUAUGCCGGGGAACUAUUCCCCCGUGUCAGAUUUCGAAGAUCUGGACGAAGAGCUGGGAAUCCAGGAGGUGGAUGAUUGUGGAAUGUGGACGGACAAUGCGGGGCUGGAGGCUCCAAAUGCUGGUGCCUGUGCGGAGACCCCCACUGUAGUGCAACAGACUGUCACUGGGAGCGCCACUGAGCCAGCUACCUGUCAGGGAUCUCGCACACAGUGGUCUGGACCUUCUUUGGAGAUCCAGGUACCUCUUAACCUGGCCGAGUCCACCACGGAUCCAUCUGCCCCGUUACCUAACAAGAUGAGGACCACAUUUGAGCCGGAAAGUGCGCUCGAUGACCUGCCACCCCCAUUGGCCAGCUUGGAGGACCGCAUGGUUGAACACGCGUCUACAAAAGACUUUCUCUCGUUUGCUGGGCCGGUGGCAGAAUCCUCAGCCACAUUCAUGGACCUGGCUGAACCAUGUGGGGUUCGAAGGGCUUCUCCAUCUCCCCAGCCAAUUCCUGUGCAGUUCCAUGGGCCUGCUUCUGUGGAGGGGAGCGGCGGGAGGCCUGAGAUCCCAGAGGGCUUGGAGGAACCAGGAACCAUGGAAAACAAGGAGGAAACGACAGGGCUGAUGAGCGGGGAAGGAGCAGAAGUAUCAGUGUGUGCUGUGGCGUCACCUGUGUCAUUGGACUGCAGUGCCAGGAGUCGGCCAGGAGAGGGAGCCUACUGGAAGAGCAAAGGCCUUAGCGAUGGAAAUGAGGCGCAGUGUGGAGGACAGGAAAUUAAAAUGUGGACCAGUCCCCGUUUCAAGCCCCGGACCUGGAACACGCAGCGGGCGCAGACGCUGGCGAUCUGCUCGUAUGCGCAGCUGAGACGCAGGCGUGGCGAACCAGCCCUUGGCUCCCACCUGGAAUGCACUUUACCGACUGCACUGCUGUCCCUGCGUGCAACCGCCAAAGCGCCCGAGGGAGGCAUCCUGCUCCCUGUUGCUCCCUGCCGCCCUCUGCUCGCCUGGGUGUCUGCCGCCUCCUCCUCUGCUCCUGCGACCCCCCUGCCCGACCUUGCUAACGAUGCCCACAUGCUGCGCGUCGAGGCCCUGCCCCAUGAGAGCCACCUUCUGCUGCAGUACUUGUCGGAGAUCGCCAGGCACCUGCUCCCCCGCAUCCAGUCCCCCGAGCCGCUGUCCGCUGCGUGCCGCAGCGCCCCCUACAGGCUGCGGGGUGUAUGCCCAGCCUUUGGCACCCGCCUCAAGCACUGCUGGAGCCUGGAGCGGCCAUCGGCCAGGUACUCCCAGCUGAAGGGGACGAAUGUGGCCCACGGCUCGGCUCUGCCAGACCUGGACGCCGGAGGGAUCCGGUCGUGGAAGCCGCUGGUGACGAUGGGGAAUCUGCUGCUGACCCCGCUGGAUCUUGGUCCCUUCAUGCCGCAGUGCCCCUCACAGGGGGAGCUCCUGGAGGUCCCGCCUCCGCCCAGCCUGUCCCAGCUGUUCCGGGCUGCCGCCGGGCCCCCCGCCACCUCCCCGUCGGCCCCGCUGGGCCCCGGAUGCUUCUAUAAGGCCGGCCUGCACACGGUCCUGGCGCUGUCCUCGCCAGCCUCUCUGCAUCUCCUGGCACGGCAGCGGCGCCCCCACCCACUGACGCCCCCCGGGUCCUCCAGCCCACACUGUGCCCUCAGCCGCCUCCUGCCGUCCCGAGACACGCUGCCAGCCCUAGUGCCACUCACUGACCACACUGGGCCGCCCGGCUUGGACAACGACCACAGCUAUUCCUGGUGCUCCGGUCAAGAUGUGCAUCCCACCACGACUCCCGCAGAAAAGAGCACAAUCAGCCUUUUGGACAGUCCAGCGCCCCCCACUGUACUGGAGCUGCCCCCUCCUGUGAGCCCCAGCUUGCUGAGUCCUGACGGCGACCCAAGCGAGAUGGCCCACAGCUUCUGUGACCGUACCGAGGUCGAGUUUCCCGUACUGUCUUCUCGCAGGACGAUGGAGGAGGGGGCACCGUUCGGCAAGGUCGUGGUGCCUCAGCCUGACCCACGCUCCAAGAGGGUCUCCCAGAUCCGCAUACGCAAGACCGUUCCCAAGACGGACAAUAACCUCACCCCCAUGGGGCUUCCCAAACCAAAGAGACUGAAGAAGAAGGAAUUCAGCUUAGAGGAGAUUUACACAAAUAAAAAUUACCGCUCCCCUACUGGCAACAGGUCCCUGGAGACCAUUUUCGAGGAGCCCAAGGAGAAGAAUGGAGCGCUGGUGUGCAUUGGGCAGCAGAAACGCAAGCGUGUGUUAGACUUCCCCGACUUCACGCUGCCACGGAAACGGCGGGCACGGGCUGGGGUGGGGCCGACCCGGGCGAAGGUCACGCGGGGGCGUGGCCGCAGGGAUCGUCCCGAUGACGCCGACCUCGACGUCAUGCUGAUCGAGAGACUCAGCGAGCUGGAGGAUUACUUCUCCCGCCAGGGGCUGGAGGACUGAGCGGGCAAUGCCAGUACAGAAUGUUCUGGAUCUUACCCCGAGUUUGUUAACUGAACCCUAAAGCUGGGUUCGUAAUAGGAAAUGAGUGAGUCUGUGCUUUUAUAAGCUGUUCCACCCUGAAACACUUUGUGUCCAUGAAGCCACACAAGUCACAGUAUUGAUAGAGCAACACAAAGGCUGCCCCUUUAACACUGCUUUUUGCCAGGUAGCCACCUGUCUCGUGAUGUCUAGCGUCGUUCCGUUUUCACCAGAUGCAUCAGCUGGUGCAGACGUGUUUUGGAGGAAUGCGGCUUAAUAUCUGGCUUAGAUUUAUUUUUUUUAAAUGUUAAACCUGAUGACAAAGGAGAAUGUUAAUAUUUACAUGCAGUCACAUAACCGGCUUUUAAAAGCAGUGCACAUGCAUGGCGUGAUGUGAUGUGCACAUAACAUGGUUCAGAUGCUGUUCCUUCAUAUCUGCAUUUUCCUCCGACUUGCCUCCCAUCCCCCCCCGACCCACCACCACCUUGCGAUGUCCAGCUGCUGGGGUCUCAUAGGACAUCUGUCCACAGAUAGGGGUGUGCCAGUCCCCCUCCUCCCGAACUGUGCCCCUCCCACCCUGUUUUCCAAACCUGUUCCGCAGCUGGUGCAGAUGUUAUCUUGUCCAUGCACAGAUACUUGAAGGACAUCCAAAGCGUCUAUGUCCAGACACUUUGGGGCCUUAGGAGAUGGAACAUACUUGGAUAAGUGAGUGUACCAGAGUCUCCGGUGAGUCUGUGAAGGGUUGUCAAAGGUGUUUUUAAUGUGAUAUCUAGGGAAGUCCACGCCUUCAAUUGUAUUUGCUGCAGUGUGGUUUGUGGUAUAGGAAUGUCCCCCCCCCCCCCCCAUCUGCAUAUUAUCUGUCAUUUUGACAGCUGUCUGUCAUUUCUGGUAACUGUAAAAGCCAUUAAAAGCUUAAAAAUAGUCAUCCUCUUAAUGACUAUUGUACCCAUAAGAAUCAGUUCCUUGGAAUCGGGGGGGGCAUUUACUCUGGGAUGAUACCUGCUUUGCUGUUCACCUUGUUCACCCCUGCAUUGGAUGAGUGAACCGUGCAGUGGUGCAUGACAUUUUGCAGUUGCAUUCCUUCGCCUAUAGGCAUCACACAUGCACUUUUAUUUUAAAACCUCAUUGGCACAUGUAUUAGUACAUCGUUGCCAACGUUACCUUUCUGGUCGGUUCCCAUUUUCAGAUUCUUUCAUGGGUGGUAUCCACUGUUUUUAUAGAUGCCAUUAUUGCAAACACUGCAGAAGUGUUUCAUUGCCAAAACUAAUUAGCGUGGGUUUUACGCAGAACGACCAGAAUACCUGGUUAUGAGUCAUUUGUCAGUCGGUUAUGAGUGAGAAUUGUCAAGUGACAGUUUUCUCAGCGCGAUGGCUCUCUGGGUGAGACCUCAGGAAGCGGCCUUGCAUGGACCCUGCCAUAUUAAGCACAGGUAUUCGGGUAGUUCGUGCACCUGAGUAGCUGUAAUGAAAGUAUACAAAAGUCAACUGGAGACCUUCAGUGUAUUUCCUGCCUGUUUCCUUCAGCUUAUGCCUCACUCCAAAUAUCAAAGAUGAGCAAAGAUCCCCUUUGCUGACGUGCCUGUUUCUGUAUGUCUGUGUGUAUGUGGUGGUGGUGAUUCCCUUUGCUUAAUGCUGCUAUCUCCCCCCCCCUAUCCCUGAGUGCUGAGAUUUAAGAUUUGCUGACUAAUGCAUACAGUACAAGUAGGAACUUAUGACACCUUCGAUACGUGGGUAUGUGAGAGGGAAAUUAACUUCUUAUUUUCCAUCCAUGCGUCUCUGACAGGUGUUUGCAGACAGCGUUGGCAGUUUAAUACCGAAAUGCGCUCGAGGCAGCUUCGGUGCAGUAAAAAGAGAGGGUGGACCAUUUGUGUCACUGCAUGCAUCAUUUCUGUCAGUGCACGCUGUGAUUUACUGUGUAGCACAUCUGCUUUUAAGUGACAGGUAAAAUUUACACUGAUGAACAUGAAUUUACACAGAUGAACAUGGUCUUUCCCAGAGACUUCGAGGGAGAAGCUUUGGCGCCGGGUUAAUGACCAUGCCCUGUAAAAUGCAUCCAGUCCUGUCUUGUUUCGUACCAGCCGCGCACGCUUUGUGGAAAGAGCAGACCGGUAUGCAGAGCUAUCUUUCAUCAGUAUAGCGAUUAACCUUUUAUUUCUGGUAGGGCUUCCAAGUUACUUACAUUGGUAUCGACCCAAAUCCAGUUUUGGGGUAGUGGCUCAGUGGGUUGGGACACUGUGCUUGUGAUGGGAAGGUUGCUGGUUUAAAUCCCAUACUCGGUAGAGCGAUCUCACCAUCGGGCCCUGGAGCAAGGCCGUUAACCCACUGGGCCCUUGAGCAACCCCCAGUUUCACUAGGGGCCGUCUGACCUUGCUUUCUCAAAAAAAAAAAAAAGGCGUGUCAUUUUGGGUAAAUGCGUCGGCUAAAGAAUGUAAACUUUAGGCAUCAGGAUCCAGCUAUAGUAUGGUCUCACAGAGGUUCACUUUGGCACUCAGUGUGUACAGACCUCCCCCCCCCCUUUAAAUGUCCCACUCCUAGAUCUUUGUAUGUGUUGAAGUGAUUUUAAUUUUUUUUUUUCCCCUGUGGAUUAAACUUUUUUUCCUGCUGAUAUACCCCAAAGAGCCACAUACCUGUUAAAUAUUGCUGCGUGUUUGUCUCUGUAGCAGAACUUGAUACACAUGGUGCGUAUGUGAGUUUGAGGUUAGUGUGUAGUUACUCUAUGCUAAGCACCUUGUACUGUGUUGUCAGUCAUAACAGCUAUGCUGUGUGUAUCAUAUAUAAAAUACUUGUGAUAGUGAUCAUUUGAAAUCAUGUGAUUUGAUUUGAAUAUUUGUAUUUGUCAUCAAUUGCCUGUUAAUUUACCUUUUUUUUAAUCAGCACAGACCAACACUAAACAUUAGUAUUGUUAACUGAUUUUAAUUUUUAAUAAAAUGAAUAAAAUGUUAAA